UGCCUCACUCCAGACCUAUUCCUUUCUGUCCUGGACGAGGAUGGCAAGGCUUACCUCACCGAGGAGGACUUCCAUAGAUUCUCCACUGUUCUGCUCUACUACAUGAUCAACAUGGAAGACCUAUGUACCCCCAAUGUCUCCCCCUCCUCUUCCUCCUCCUCUUUGUCACCUAGCUACCAGUACUACCUCCUAGCCCUGACCAACCUCCAUCCCACUGAAGACCGAGGUUUCCUCUCUUCCAAUGAGACAGAGAGCAUUCUGCAGCUCAUCAACCAGCACUACCAACCGCCUGCUCCAGAGAACUCUGGUUCCUCCCACUCACAGGUAAGUCAGGGCCACAACUUUCAUAACCUCUUCUCUCAAAUAGUGUUUAAAACUAGAACAUCAUCCCAAUCUGCACAUGUUGAAAUAGCUGCAUACAGUUAUCAAAACUAGAGCUGGAGGCUGGAAGACUAAAGAAGAACAUAUACUGUACAUGGAGAUAUGUCCAGUUGUAAACCUGCGACAUAUCAUCAUCCUACAGUGCAUUGAUUCCUCCCAUCUACAGGAUGAAGUGGGGAUCACAGAUAGCCAAGGUGCUGAUCUAUUCUCCGUGUCCAAACUGGCAGCAGCUAUCAUCACCCAUGCCACUGUUUCAGCAAAACAAACCUCCCCUCCCCCUGCUUUCUUCACAGAUUACAUCUUCCAGUCCCUCAACCGCACCAGCAAACUCCAUAUCAUGGGUAAAUUAAUGAGUCCUUCCUAUGAGUGAUUUGACCAUAAAGUUGAAUAGAGGGCACACUUGCCCAAAAAGCUAUCUAGCAUACAUAUAUGGAUUUGAGUGAUCUGUGGUAAUGUAAGAGCAGUUAGACGAUGUCAGUGCUCUUUCUGUUGCGUAGAUUUGGAGGAGCUGCUGCACCUGCUUGGUGUGGGAGGCGGAGGGGGAAGUGCCAUGGCAGGGAGAGGCGGAGCAUCACAGGCCCCUCCCAUAUAAAGUGUGGCCAUGAGCCUUUGGGGAUCAGCACAGACUGGACACAGGUGAGACAGAAACAACGGUUCAGAACAAUUAUACUGCGGGUCGGAAACAGGAGCUUGUUGUGUUGAAUUGUGUUGCGAAUUCCAUUAGGCUAUGUGAGCAGUGAGGCAGGCAUACAGUGGCAUAGCACAGUUUCCCGCAAGGUUCGAGCAAGGGCCCCCCCCAACCAAAGCGUGGAUUAAAUGUCUCAUUGUUUUCUCUCCCUGUCUCCUUUGGAGAUCCUUGGCCUCCACCACGACAGUCAUCAGGAGGACCAUCACUUUACUGAGGGCAAGGAAUAUCUGUGGAAGAUUUUGGGAAUCAUCGCUGGAAUCUACGGCUUUUUCCUUAUCGAAAUAAUCUUCUCCCUUGUGCUGCCUUCACAUGGCCAUGUACGUUUACAGUUUUGAGUAUAUGUCUGUAUGACUGUUGGUGUCACGAUCGUCGGGAACAGAGGACCAAGGCGCAGCGUUGAAUGCAAACAUACUUAUUUAUUGAAAGAUAACACGAACGAAAACAACAAAACGAUAACGUGACGUCCUUAGAUCAAACACAACCUACUAGGAACAAGAUCCCACAAACACUGUGGGAAAACUGGCUGCUUAAGUAUGGCUCCCAAUCAGAGACAACAAGCAACAGCUGAUACUCGUUGCCUCUGAUUGAGAACCACACUGGCCAACAUAGAAACACAAAUACUAGAAUAGAACGUAGAACCAAAACACAUAGACUCUACACACCCUGGCUCAACAUAUUAGAGUCCCCAGAGCCAGGGUGUGACAGUACCCCCCCCCAAAGGCGCGAACUCCGACCGCGCCAACCAAACACCACAGGGGAGGGACCGGGUGGGCACUCCGCCUUGACGGCGGAUCCGGCUCCGGGCAUGAUCCCCACUCCCUCUCUAACCCCCCAAAGUACCCCUGGUCCUGUCUGGCCCUGCUGGCCGGAGCUGGACUGAACACUGGUGGAGCGGAUUGCUUUAGCUCCGGCGUGGAGCAGCUGACCGGUACCGGACCAGGCACCGGUGGAACAGGCACGGGCUGUGCUGGACUGACGACGCACACCACUGGCUUGGUGUGGGGAGCAGGAACAGGCCGAGCCGGGCUGGCGACGUGCACCAUAGGCUUGGUGCGGGGAGCAGGAGCGGGCCGGACCGGGCUGACGAAGCGCACCACUGACUUGGUGCAGAGAGCAGGAAUGGACCGGGCCGGGCUGGCGACGCGCACCACUGACUUGGUGCGGGGAGCAGGAACAGGUCGGGCCGGGUUGGCGAUGCGCACCAUAGGCUUGGUGCGGGGAGCAGGAACAGGCCGGACCGGGCUGACGAAGCGCACCAUAGGCUUGGUGCGGGGAGCAGGAACAGGCCGGACCGGGCUGACGAAGCGCACCAUAGGCUUGGUGCGGGGAGCAGGAACGGGCCGGACCGGGCUGACGAAGCGCACCACUGACUUGGUGCGGGGAGCAGGAACGGGCCAGACCGGGCUGACGAAGCGCACCACUGACUUGGUGCGGGGAGCAGGAACGGGCCAGACCGGGCUGACGAAGCGCACCACUGACUUGGUGCGGGGAGCAGGAACAGGUCGGGCCGGGUUGGCGACGCGCACCAUAGGCUUGGUGCGGGGAGCAGGAACAGGCCGGGCCGGGCUGGCGACGCGCACCAUAGGCUUGGUGCGGGGAGCAGGAGCAGGAACAGGCCGGGCCGGGCUGGUGACGCGCACCAUAGGCUUGGUGCGGGGAGCAGGAACAGGCCGGGCCGGGCUGACGACACGUACCACAGGCUCGAUGCGAGGAACAGGAACAGGCCGGACCGUACUGGGGACACACACCACUGGCCCUACGCAGGGAUCAGGAACGGGCCGGACCGGACUGGUAACACACCCCAGUACCUCUUGCCGUGCCUCUACACUUUCCCUCUCCUCUGUGACCAGUGGCCACCUUAACCUGGCGGCCUCCUCUGCAAACCCGCUGGACCGCUCCAUCGCGGCCUCCUGCUGCCCCGUCGUCCACGGCGUGAGCCCCCCCCUAAGAAAUGUCUGGGUGUCUCUCCUCCCCGUGGACCAAGCCUCCCUAUCUCUCGCCAGACUCUUCCUCCACUGCUCCAAAGUCCAACCACUCUGCUCUUCAUUUGGCUUGACCCAGUCGAGACUCUUCCUCCACUGCUCCCAAGUCCACCCUCUCUGCUCUUCACUAGGCUUGACCCAGUCGAGGUUGCCACGGAGAUCCGCUAGCGAUUCCCCUGGCGAUGGCUCCUGGACACGCUGCUUGGUCCAGUUUUGGUGGGAUCUUCUGUCACGAUCGUCGGGAACAGAGGACCAAGGCGCAGCGUUGAAUGCAAACAUACUUAUUUAUUGAAAGAUAACACGAACGAAAACAACAAAACGAUAACGUGACGUCCUUAGAUCAAACACAACCUACUAGGAACAAGAUCCCACAAACACUGUGGGAAAACUGGCUGCUUAAGUAUGGCUCCCAAUCAGAGACAACAAGCAACAGCUGAUAAUCGUUGCCUCUGAUUGAGAACCACACUGGCCAACAUAGAAACACAAAUACUAGAAUAGAACGUAGAACCAAAACACAUAGACUCUACACACCCUGACUCAACAUAUUAGAGUCCCCAGAGCCAGGGUGUGACAGUUGGCAUAUCCGUCUUCCAAUUUAGCACAAUGAAUGUUAAUGUUAUUAAUGUUAUUACCCACCAGCAGUGGGUAACUGUUAGCUGAAAAAUGACCAACAGGCCUGAAAAUAAGAAACAUCCUGUGGUAACUCAACAAAACACAAGGAGGUAAUAACUCCGUAUAACAAUCACUGUUUCACUCUUCAGAAUAACCAGCAUGUCUAUGUCUGAACGUUUGCUGUGGAAAUCCUGUCAUUCAUUACAGUUUGUCAUGAUAGUGCUUAUCUGUGGGUUCCCGAUUGGCCCUGGCUGAACCCAGACUAAAGCUAAAUCGCAAAUGGCACCCUAUUCCGUACAUAGUGCACUACUUUUGAGCAGAGCUCAAUGGGCCCCGGUCAAACGUAAUGCACUAUAUAGGGAAUAGGGUGCCAUUUGGGACACAGCCUGAGCUGAGCUGACUGUGCAGGUGGCUGAUGGCUCAUGGCCACAGAGUGACUGGAGACUGAUGAGUCUCUUUUUCUCCAGCAGGGUCACGGGGACCUGGGCCAUUCCCAUGACCUUCCCCUGGAGAUUAACUGCAAUGACCAGUCACAGAGGGGCAAGUCCAUCUCCACCAUGCAGCUGGUGAGUCUGUUAGUCUCUAUCUGGCACCCAUACUCUACUCCAAAAGUGUAAUUGGCAGCCCUUAAAAAAAAGUAUGUACAGUGACUGCAUCAAUGGAGGACAGAAGCUACAGUGGGGAAAAAAAAAAUGUAGUCAGCCACCAAUUGUGCAAGUUCUCCCACUUAAAAAGAUGAAAGAGGCCUGUAAUUUUCAUCAUAGGUACACAUCAACUAUGACGGACAAAAUGAGAAAAAAUAAUCCAGAAAAUCACAUUGUAGGAUUUUUAAUGAUUUUAUUUGCAAAUUAUGGUGGAAAAUAAGUAUUUGGUCAAUAACAAAAGUUUCUCAAUACUUUGUUAUAUACCCUUUGUUGGCAAUGACACAGGUCAAACGUUUUCUGUAAGUCUUCACAAGGUUUUCACACACUGUUGCUGGUAUUUUGGCCCAUUCCUCCAUGCAGAUCUCCUCUAGAGCAGCGAUGUUUUGGGGCUGUCGCUGGGCAACACGUACUUUCAACUCCCUCCAAAGAUUGUCUAUGGGGUUGAGAUCUGGACACUGGCUAGGCCACUCCAGGACCUUGAAAUGCUUCUUACGAGGCCACUCCUUCGUUGCCCGGGCGGUGUGUUUGGGAUCAUUGUCAUGCUGAAAGACCCAGCCACGUUUCAUCUUCAAUGCCCUUGCUGAUGGAAGGAGGUUUUCACUCAAAAUCUCACGAUACAUGGCCCCAUUCAUUCUUUCCUUUACACGGAUCAGUCGUCCUGGUCCCUUUGCAGAAAAACAGCCCCAAAGCAUGAUGUUUCCACCCCCAUGCUUCACAGUAGGUAUGGUGUUCUUUGGAUGCAACUCAGCAUUCUUUGUCCUCCAAACACGACGAGUUGAGUUUUUACCAAAAAGUUAUAUUUUGGUUUCAUCUGACCAUAUGACAUUCUCCCAAUCCUCUUCUGGAUCAUCCAAAUGCACUCUAGCAAACAUCAGACGGGCCUGGACAUGUACUGGCUUAAGCAGGGGGACACGUCUGGCACUGCAGGAUUUGAGUCCCUGGCGGCGUAGUGUGUUACUGAUGGUAGGCUUUGUUACUUUGGUCCCAGCUCUCUGCAGGUCAUUCACUAGGUCCCCCCGUGUGGUUCUGGGAUUUUUGCUCACCGUUCUUGUGAUCAUUAUUGACCCCACGGGGUGAGAUCUUGCGUGGAGCCCCAGAUCGAGGGAGAUUAUCAGUGGUCUUGUAUGUCUUCCAUUUCCUAAUAAUUGCUCCCACAGUUGAUUUCUUCAAACCAAGCUGCUUACCUAUUGCAGAUUCAGUCUUCCCAGCCUGGUGCAGGUCUACAAUUUUGUUUCUGGUGUCCUUUGACAGCUCUUUGGUCUUGGCCAUAGUGGAGUUUGGAGUGUGACUGUUUGAGGUUGUGGACAGGUGUCUUUUAUACUGAUAACAAGUUCAAACAGGUGCCUUUAAUACAGGUAACGAGUGGAGGACAGAGGAACCUCUUAAAGAAGAAGUUACAGGUCUGUGAGAGCCAGAAAUCUUGCUUGUUUGUAGGUGACCAAAUACUUAUUUUCCACCAUAAUUUGCAAAUAAAUUCAUUAAAAAUCCUACAAUGUGAUUUUCUGGAUUUUUUUUCUCUCAAUUUGUCUGUCAUAGUUGACGUGUACCUAUGAUGAAAAUUACAGGCCUCUCUCAUAUUUUUAAGUGGGAGAACUUGCACAAUUGGUGGCUGACUAAAUACUUUUUUUCCCCACUGUAUAUAGUAUUAACCCUAUUCCACUUCCUCAAAUGAAAGCAGAAAUAGAUAACUCAAUUGAAGCUGCAUCCUCACGCAAAAGUCCCUUUUUGGGUUUGUUUGGAAUUGAGCUAUCUGUGAAAGGAAAACAAUGUUUGUUUAAAGCUUUUGAGGUUUCUGCUUUGAAGAGAGGCAGACUGCAGUGGUAUGACUGUGUUCCUGUUCACAUUAUUAAAAUUUGAGCUGAAAAAAAUUAUCCAAAAUUAACCAAAAUGUUACAAAAUGUGUGAUAUUUACCAGCCCUCAUUGUCACAGACAAGACAAAGCUAGGGGAGGUUUGGAGUGGGAGUAGGAGUGUUGAUCUGACAAUGUGCUGUCAUCACUGUGUGGGGGUGGGAGGCUAAUAUAAAAGCACAGGAAUUCAAAGGCGGUAGGCCUAUAGGAUUCACAAUUAUUUGGGCAACAUUUUUAACAGUUUGAGCUUUGAUGUAGACAUCUACAGAGUGAUGUAUUGCAGGGAAAGUGAACAGUGGUGUGGGUGGGAGUAAAUGUGAAACAGACCAUGGUGUAGGAGACCUUGAUGCUGCUGUUGAAUCAUUCAGGCCUUAUGCAGAUAGUGUAGGAGGAGAUAGGGAAACUGAACCAUUCUGGUUCACUUUCUCUAGAGUGUUUUAAAUAUAGGCAGGGAGAACUGUGGUCACUGAUUUGCUGAUUUUGGUAUGGAUGGGAGUAACGUGAUGUAAUUGUAAUGAAGUGUAUUGAAAGGAACAAUCCUAUUAGUUGUCACUCCCCUACAGUGAACUGUGGAUGACUUAGAAUGCACAGAAAUCCCAUCAGAGGAGCCUGAACCAAGAACCCCUACAUAUCAGACGAGUAGGUUCCUCAUCCUCCUUUUUCAUUUAUCUUCACUCAUUGUCCCCUCAGUUCUCUCCCUGUUUAAUUUGAUCCUGUUCUGUAUUGUUCUGUCCAGUGUGCUGUGUGUAAUUAGUGGGCUAGGAAGCGUAGCGGAUGGGCUUUCAGGACAGAGCCGCCACACAGACAGGCUUUCUUUGUGUUCCCAGGACAGGGUAUUCCUGUACUGGCUGUGAUGGUUAUCGUGGGAGACAGCCUCCAUAACUUUGCUGAUGGCUUGGUGGUGGGUGCGGCCUUCUCAUAA